UCUACCUUUCUCAUCCUCCCACCUUACACUCUCUCUGCCUCUCCGUCUCCAACUCCAGUCUUGCGUCCUCACCUCCACAACUGUCAUAAGAACCUACCUACCGUACUUCGACACGAAACCACACACAAUAUGGGCUACACCCAUUACUUCCACGUGAACUCCGCUAGCGAAGGCUGGGCGGUGAUCUGGCCGCGCCUGAUCGCCGACACGCAGACCAUCAUCGCCGCCGCGGGCGUUCCGCUAACUGGGCCUCCUGAGUACCACCCCAACGGGUACGAGAUGACCACGCCCCCGAUCGUGUCCGUGGACGAGGGGAUCGACCUCAACGGGGUGGGCAAGAACGGGCACGAGCCGCUGGUGAUCGGCGUCAAGGAAGACGGGUCUUUCAACUUCGUGAAGACCGCUCGCAAGCCCUAUGACAAGGUGGUGGCGUGUGUGCUGCUCCGGGCCGCGAUGCUGGCGCCUCAGGCGGUGGAUGUCAGUUCCGAUGGCUAUUGGGAUGAUGAUCGGGAGUGGAUCGCUGCGAGGGUGCUCUACCAGCGGCUGUGGCCGCAGGACGAGAUUCAUUGUCCGUGGAAGGAAGAGGACGGGCACGAGGUGAAUGUCGACAACCCCGGCGGCGGCGGCACUGGCUGUGCCCAGCAAUAG